AUGGCAGGCACUCCGGAAUCUUACGAAAACUGGCAGGAAACAUUCUCAGCGAACCCUAUGCAAUGCGGCCUAGAACGGGCCGGUUUGGAGCAGCGCGACAACCCCACCCGAAGCGAAGCGGGCCCGUCACCUGCCACUGAAAGACACGCACCGCCCUUUCAGAGGGUGAUACCGAGUGCAAAGCAAUUAGCUUUAAGCUUCCAACAGAUCGUCCGACAUGUUAAGGGAGAAAGGAAAGAUCCCGGGGAAUGGCUUUUUGGGAGGCACGCGUCCUCAUCGGGCAGCGUUUGUGCAGAUAAAGCUGGACGCGGCGCGGCGCGGGCCGGGCGAGCAGGGCAGGGCCGCCUUCCUGGACGACAAGGACGCACAGCAGAAGGAGAGUCUCUACAAAGUGAACGGCUUCAACGCGCUGCUCAGCGACCGCAUCGCGCUCGACCGCGCGCUGCCCGACAUCCGCCACAAGGGGUGAGUCCUCGCGCUGCUUAG